UUAUUCCAAAGCGGCAGCUCGCUACAUUCUAUACAGUUCCCAAAUCACAUUCUCUCUCUAGGGUUUACUUUCUCUCUCUCUCUUUCUCCUAGGGUUUCUGCGAUGGAUCUAACGAAGAAACGCAAGGCUGAUGAGAACGGCGGUGCUUAUCCUGUAUCUAACGAACUCGUUACCGCCGCCGCUCCUCCGGCACUCGGCGUUCUCUCCCCUGAAGACAUCGACAGAAUUCUUGAACCGUUCACGAAAGACCAGUGUAUCUCAAUCCUCCGCAACGCCUCCCUUCGUUACCCCGAUAUCCUCGAAGCUGUUCGUUCCAUCGCCGAUGCCGAUGUCUCUCAGCGCAAGCUUUUCGUCCGUGGUCUUGGUUGGGAGACCACCACCGACAAGCUCAAACAGGUUUUUUCUGCAUACGGAGAACUCGACGAGGCCAUAGUUAUAACCGACAAGGCCUCGCAGAAAUCAAAAGGCUAUGGUUUUGUAACUUUCAAGCAUGUGGAUGCGUCGAUUCUUGCUUUAAAGGAGCCCAACAAGAAAAUUGAUGGCCGUAUUACGGUGACACAGCUGGCAGCUGCAGGUAAUUCGGGGAAUUCACAGUCGGCUGAUGUGGCGCUUAGGAAGAUCUAUGUUGGUAAUGUUCCAUUUGAGAUUACGUCUGAAAAGCUUUUGAAUCACUUUUCCAUGUACGGAGAGAUUGAAGAGGGGCCUUUGGGAUUUGAUAAACAGACUGGAAAGGCAAAAGGCUUUGCGUUUUUUGUGUACAAGACUGAGGAAGGAGCAAGGGCGUCUUUAGUUGAUCCUGUGAAGACGAUUGAUGGACAUCAGGUGUUGUGCAAAUUGGCGACGGAUAAUAAGAAGGGGAAGCCCCAGCAUAAUAUGGGGCCUGGUGGAAUGCCCAAUACUGGACAUCCUACAGGAAUGCCUGGUGAUGAUAGGGUUGGAUCGAUUCCUGGUUCUAAUUAUGGUGUUCCUGUAAGCGGGUUGGGUCCGUAUCCUGGGUAUUCAGGUGGGCCUGGUCCAGGAAUGCAGCAGCCACCGCCUCAGCCUGGAAUGGUGGCACAUCAGAAUCCACAUCCUGUUGGACCUGGAUAUGGAAACCAGGGACCGGGUUCUUUUACUGGCAGUGCUGGUGGAUAUGCUGGCGCUGGUGGCUAUGGUGGUGGUGCAGGGGAUUACAGUGGUGGACUUGGAAAUGCUGGUUACAGGAUUCCACAAAGCUCUGCUGGAAUGCCUAGUUCAGGAGGUUAUCCAGAUGGUGGUAGUUAUGGAUUACAGUCGGGUUAUCCCUCACAGGUACCACAACCAGGUGGAGCAGUGGCCAGGGUUCCACCAGGUGGGAUGUACCAGGGCAUGCCCCCAUACUACUGAGGUGUAUUGAGAGCUUCUUGGACGCAACAUGCUUUAAAUGGUUGUGCUGAUUUCCUGAUUGCAGACUCUGAAAUCUUUGUUGCCAUGGACUGCUGUACAUCUGUUGCUGCUUCACCUAUCUGCUCCUAUGUGUGGCUGUUAGUUACUAUUUGCUAGAUUCAAGCUAGGACUAGGUUACUUUAAAAAUUGCUGUAUCUUUUGAUUAGUGUAUUGUGGAUUGAUGUCAGUUUUGCUAUCUAAUAUUACCCGUACUUCCUGUUUCUUGUAUGUUUCCUAUCUGGCAAUCUUUUUAAGGAGAAUAUGGAGUUCUUCUAGGU